AUGGAAAUUUCAGCCAAGGAGCAUACCAGCCAUGAAGAGGAUGUUGCACGUAAGCCCAAUGGGCUUUUAAUGCAUGAGCAAGUGCAGCUUUCCGAAGAUGAGAUGAGAGCGGAGCGUCGUUUGGUGUGGAAGGCUGACCUUCUAAUUCUCCCUCUUCUGUCGUUGAUGUAUUUCCUCGCUUCUAUGGACCGAGGGGAUGUCGGCAACGCAGCAGUAGCGGGCAUGAACGCGGAGCUUGCAAUGACAGGUUCUCAAUACAGUCAAUGCGUAGCCUUCUUUUACAUUGGCUUCGUCGCCCUCCAACCUCUAGGACAGCUUCUCGUGCGGAAAAUUGAACCGCCAUUUCAGUUGGGAGUGGCGAUGAUUGGAUGGGGACUUUGCACAGCGCUAUUAUGUCUUUCUCAAAACUGGCAAACAAUUGCAGGCCUUCGUAUUAUUGUCGGUUGCUUUGAGGCUUUUCUCCAGGCAGGGCCAUUGUAUUUGACCUUCUGGUACAAGCGGGAAGAAUUGGCCACCCGGCGGGCCAUAUUCUUUUCGAUGAUGGCAGUAGCCGGCAGUAUGAAUGGAAUAAUCGCCUACGGAAUCCAAUUCCACCUUAACCAUCUUAAUGGCUGGUUGGCAUGGCGAUGGAUAUUUCUUAUUGAAGGUAAGACCUAG